AUGGGCUCUCGUCGGAACGGUCAGGCGAAAUCCAAGACUGGGUGCUUGACCUGCAAGAUCCGAAAGAUAAAGUGUGACGAGUCGAGACCAUAUUGCAGGAAAUGCACCGAUACCGGUCGAAAGUGCGAAGGGCCCAUCAUCCGCCAGAUUCGUUUUGCUGAGGACCAGUUCUCGACGCCAAAGUGUCCAGUUCCGCUACCCGAAGUCUCUCUACACACACCGCAAUGCAGUGAUGAUGAGAGAUGGGCUUUCAAUUAUUUCAUCCAUCGCGCAGCGCCAGUAUUUGCAGGAAUCAUAGAUGUCCCCUUUUGGCUCGAAUUGGUUCCCCGUCUCGCUCAGUCUUAUGCCUUCGUUUGGCAUAUGGUGGUCACAAUUAGUUGGGCCUUUGAGCAUGUCGAAUACCGGGAGCUGCCGGCUGUUUUCGAUACUGGUCGUCCAACUGCUGUUGUUGUCAAUGCCGACCACCGACGAGCACUGAAGUGGUAUAACAAGGCCCUUGUAAGUUUCCGUCAUCUGCUCGAACAAGGCGAAGCGGACAAUGCAUAUACUCUUUUGAGUUGCAUCCUGUUCGGCAGUUUUGAGUUUCAGCAGAGGAACGUUGGUAACGCAUUGCGCCUGAUGGACAAUGCUUACAAACUGCUAGCCCGGAAUCUCUCGAACUCUCAGACUCAGCAGAUGCCCACGACAAACACCGACAUCCACGAGAUGGUGACGGCUUUCUCGUCACGAAAAGCGAUCCUAAUGGCCACCCUUGCUACUCCGACGGCCCCCGAGUGGAAGUAUCACACUGCAGAACGCAACACAGGGCCUACCACCAUCGCCACCUUGUCAGUGCUCGACGAAUUCCGAAAACAUUUGUACCAGCUCAUGUAUGAUGCGUACGAAGUAGUCCGAAUAAAUGCCAUCUUGUCUCACGAUGAAUACGAAAUGCAGAAGUUGAGGCCAAGACAGCAGAUAUGUCUGGAAAAAUUGCAACGAUGGAAAGAUUCCUUCCUCCAUCUUCCGGAAGACCUGCGAAAUGGUGAAACUGGGUGGAUCUCGUCCUAUCUUCUGAUGCAAUGGGGCGUUUCCCACGUUUGGCUGUGCUGCUGCUUGAGCCCGUUGGAGACCUCAUUUGAUCAGUAUAUGGAUGAAUUUGCAGCUAUGAUCAAUGGGGCAGAAAAUGUGAUGGACCACAGUGCCGGAUAUAAAAUUCGCAGGCCAAUACUCACUUGCGAAAUCGAAGUGAUACCACCGUUAUAUUUUGCGGCAACCAAAUGUCGCAAUCCGAUUUUGCGCAGGAAGGCUUUGCGCCUAUUACGAGAAGUCCCUUACCGAGAAAGCGUCUGGGCAUAUAUUGCGUCACCGCGAGUGGUUGAGAAGAUGAUUGCUGUUGAAGAAGGCCAUGACCGAUUUUUGGAAUAUUGUUUGCCAACCGGAUCAUUCUCAUUACCACCAGAAGAGCGCCGAAUACACCAUGUGGCCAUUAUUAAGGCAGAUGUGAUCGAAGGCCGGCAUCGCCUCAAAUUUCAGUGGAGUAAAGUUGCGUUUGACGACAACGGAUCGCUGAGAAUGGUGCAUGAGAAUGCCUGGCUAGAGGACUGCAUCGAAGAACCUAGUCGACAUUCAGCAUUGUCAAAGAUGGUAUAA